AUGGCGGACCAUGUAGAUCAGUAGCAGACUGCCAGUACCGUAGAGGUCCUGGAUCUCAUCAGGCUCAGUUUGGAUGAGGGACUUUAUGUGAAGAUGAGAAACGCCCGAGAGCUUCGAGGCAGAUUAUGUGCUUAUGAACAACAUUUAAAUAUGAUCCUGGGAGACAUAGAAGAAGCUGUGACAACAAUGAUAGAGACUGAUGAAGAGACAUAUGAAGAGAUAUAUAAAUCAACAAAAUGGAACAUCCCCAUGCUCUUCAUCUGGGGAGAUGGUGUUGUUCUAGUUGCCCCUUCACUGAAAGUUGGCUAAGACAGAAGAUGGUCCUGUGUAGGAAAAUGGAGACUUUGCCUAUGGAGAUGUACAGAACACUCACAUGCAUUCUGAUAGUCAGAAAUGACCUGAGAUCCCUCCACCCUCAAAGAAGUUUAUUUGCAAGUAACUUAUAACCUCUCCAGCUAAAAUGACA